AUGCUCUACGGAGUUGCUGCAUGGUAUAGCCCUACCAGCGGGCGUACUAGGUAUGCAAAACGGCAGAAGACUAUCAACGAAUUCGAACGAAUCCAGACGCGGGCGGCAGUACUUAUUAGUGGAGCAUUCAGAAAUACUGCUUCUGUAGCUUUAGGAAUAGAGCUGUUUUUGCCUCCGGUCCGCCUGCACAUGCAACAGAUAAUUGAGGAGACUGCAAUCCGGAUACAGACCGGACCGGUUAUAGCCUAUCCCGGGGACCACGUAAAGGGCACUGCAGUCUCGAUUCGGGCUGGGAAGGUCUGCAAGAAAUACCUAGGAGCCGCGGCUGACUCCACUGUGUACGUAGUAGAGCUAGAGGGGGUCAAAAUGGCCCUAAAAUGGGCAGAGGCUGUCCCGAUCACGGUCUAUUCAGACAGUCAGGCGGCCAUUCAAGCCGUGCAAAACCCUGACCGACCAUCAGGCCAGUACGUACUAAAGGAUAUUUACGAGAGGAUCAGGACCCUGAGAGGCAGGGGCCUGCAGCAGAGAGAUAUGGAACUGCGCUGGAUCCCUGCGCAUAUCGGUAUAGAAGGGAAUGAACGAGCUGACGAAGCAGCCAAACGGGCCGCGAUAAAGGAAAUCGAAUUGAACUCACAGUUCCGAUUCGCCACGUCUAAAGACGAGGAGGACGAGAAGGCCCCGGAACCCAGCACCCUCCUAGAGGGACUCGAACUAAACGAGGAAGACGAUAAACUGGCCAUCGCGCGGAUCUACGGUGAGUUUCUGAACGACCAGCCCAAAGCAGUGAAGCGCUGGGAGAAGAUCAUGAACCUGUACCCGUCCUCCGAGGACGAGACAGCCAUUGGGGUCGUGAAACUCGGAGCAUCGUACGAGCUUGCUCGGGCGUACCUUUGCAACGCCUUCGAUGCAGGGGUAGGCACCCCCGAAGCCGUUGCUAUUGCCGCCAAGCUGGAAAAGCUCGCGAACACACAGGCCGCGACCGAUUCGAUCCUCUCCGAUGAUGACCCGGAGAACGAUGUUGAUGGCCUUUGGGACUUGAUGACCGCGCUGGUCGCAGCCGGUGACUCGAAGAACGUAACCGUGCUCGCGCACGCAAUUUCCAAUUUCGAGAAGAAAGACCCCGAGGAUGACACUGCAUGGAAGUGUGAUGGACCGUGCCGGCGAUCAGUGGCCAAAAUCGAUAGAAUGUUGCUGUAUCCGAUCUGCAUGGAUACGGGGUUCUGUGCAGAUUGUCUCAAGCUGUUGGAGGGAGAGACGAUGGGCAUUCAGAAGUGUAAUCAGAAGCAUGUUAAGGAGUUUUUGUAUAUUCCGGAGCGGACGAAAGAGUUUAACAAGGGGAAGAUACUUGUUGAUGGCGAGAUAAUAGAGUUUGAUGCGUGA